AUGCCGACGCAGCGGGACGGCGGCGCCGGCAGCACCAUGUCGGCUCCGGGCGGCCUCGGGGGCAGCCUCGGCGGGGACGGCGCCCACCAGGUCCGGGUGAAAGCCUACUACAAGGGGGACAUAAUGAUAACCUAUUUUGAGCCUUCCAUCUCCUUCGAGGGACUGUGCAGUGAAGUUCGAGACAUGUGCUCCUUUGACAAUGAGCAGCUUUUCACCAUGAAAUGGAUUGAUGAAGAAGGAGAUCCCUGUACAGUUUCCUCUCAGCUGGAGUUAGAAGAGGCCUUUCGGUUGUAUGAACUAAACAAGGAUUCAGAGCUUCUGAUCCAUGUAUUUCCUUGUGUCCCAGAGCGGCCUGGCAUGCCUUGUCCAGGAGAAGAUAAGUCCAUUUAUCGCCGAGGCGCCCGCCGGUGGCGAAAGCUCUAUUGUGCAAAUGGUCACACUUUCCAAGCCAAACGAUUUAACAGGAGAGCUCACUGUGCCAUCUGCACUGACCGGAUAUGGGGCCUGGGGCGCCAGGGCUACAAGUGCAUCAACUGCAAACUCCUCGUUCACAAGAAGUGUCACAAACUUGUCAAUACUGAAUGUGGCCGACACACACUACAGCCAGAACCAAUAAUGCCUAUGGAUCCAUCAUCAGUGCAUUCAGAUAGUGUAGAAACAGUGAUACCAUACAAUCCCUCGAGUCAUGAGAGCCUGGACCAUGUUGGUGAAGAAAAAGAGGCAAUGAGCAUCAGGGAAAGUGGCAAAGCUUCUUCCAGUCUGGGCCUGCAGGAUUUUGAUCUGCUCCGGGUCAUUGGAAGGGGCAGCUAUGCCAAAGUGCUGCUGGUUCGACUGAAGAAAACCGAGCGUAUUUAUGCCAUGAAGGUGGUGAAGAAAGAGCUCGUCAAUGAUGAUGAGGAUAUUGAUUGGGUUCAGACAGAGAAACAUGUAUUUGAACAGGCCUCAAAUCAUCCCUUUCUGGUCGGACUGCACUCUUGCUUCCAGACAGAAAGCAGGUUAUUCUUUGUUAUAGAAUAUGUCAAUGGAGGAGAUCUGAUGUUCCAUAUGCAGAGGCAGAGGAAGCUGCCAGAGGAACAUGCCAGGUUUUAUUCUGCUGAAAUCAGUCUAGCAUUGAACUAUUUACAUGAGCGAGGGAUAAUCUACAGGGAUUUAAAACUGGAUAAUGUGCUCCUAGAUUCUGAAGGACAUAUUAAACUCACAGAUUAUGGCAUGUGCAAGGAGGGUCUGAGGCCUGGUGACACAACCAGCACAUUCUGUGGGACUCCAAACUAUAUUGCACCUGAAAUUCUCCGGGGAGAGGAUUAUGGCUUCAGCGUGGACUGGUGGGCCCUUGGCGUGCUGAUGUUUGAGAUGAUGGCGGGCCGGUCGCCAUUCGACAUCGUCGGGAGUUCUGACAACCCUGAUCAGAACACAGAGGAUUAUCUCUUCCAAGUAAUUUUGGAAAAACAGAUCCGAAUUCCUCGAUCCCUCUCUGUGAAAGCAGCAGGUGUUCUAAAGAGUUUCCUUAACAAGGAUCCAAAGGAACGCUUGGGCUGCCAUCCUCAGACAGGGUUUGCAGAUAUCCAGGGACAUCCCUUCUUCCGCAACGUUGAUUGGGAUCUGAUGGAGCAAAAGCAAGUGGUGCCUCCGUUUAAACCAAAUAUAUCUGGAGAAUUUGGUCUGGAUAACUUUGAUUCCCAGUUCACCAAUGAACCUGUGCAGCUCACUCCAGAUGAUGACGAUAUUGUGAAGAAGAUUGACCAGUCUGAAUUUGAAGGCUUUGAAUACAUAAAUCCUCUUCUGAUGUCAGCUGAGGAAUGUGUCUGA